AAUGAAAUAAAAAUACGAAAUUCUAAACACGAAGUUUUAUUUCUUCCGUAAAAUACGGUACUAGAAUUUUGAAAUGGCUUCGCAAGCCUUAAAAGUUGGCACCAAGAAUGUGCGGCCAGUUCUAUCCCUAAACAAAGCCGAGGCUAGAGCUCGAGUUCUCAAUCUUUACAAAGCCUGGUAUCGCCAGAUCCCGCUUAUAGUUAAGGAUUACGAUAUCCCAAAAUCAGAGGACCAGUGCCGAGCGAAAUUGAAGGAGCUGUUCUUGAAAAACAAAGAUGUUACCGACGUGAGAGUUAUUGAUUUGUUAGUCAUAAAGGGACAAAUGGAGUUGAAGGAAUCUAUAAAUAUUUGGAAACAGAAAGGCCAUGUGAUGACAUACUUCAAGCCGACGGAGGAACCCAAACCCCAUGAUUUCCUUUCCAAGUUCUUUUCUGGUUUGGACUAACCGGAAACUAUUUUGUUAUGUAAAUAUGUUAUAGAAAAAUACAAAUAGAAAUCUAAUUAAUCAUAAAUAAUCAUU